UUCUAGAGGCUGAAGUUUUGAUCAACAUCUUGGAUUUUUUACUUCUAGAUUUGGCAUUCACCACUGCAGUCAUCAUGAACUUUUUCCAACUCCUGAUGAAAAAGAAGGAACUUAUUCCUUUGGUGCUGAUCAUGACUGCUGCAGCAAGUGGAGCUUCGUCUUUUGCUGUAUAUUCCCUUCAGAAAUCUGAUGUGAUUAUUGAUCGAAAAAAAAACCCAGAGCCUUGGGAAAAUGUGGAUCCUAAUGUACCUGGAAAGCUUAUCACAAUUAACCAGCAAUGGAAGCCCAUUGAAGAGUUGCAGAAGGUUCGGAGGGCAACCAAAUGACCGAUUCUUGCCUCUUUCUUCGAGUGAGAUCUCUAUGAAUCUAGUGGAAACCUUUCUGCACAAACUAGAUUAUGGAUACCAGUGUGCAGAAAUGCUUCUGCUACAUUUUUAGGGCUUGCCUACAUUUUCCCACUCUCGAUAAGUAAUAAAGAUGUGCAGCAAUAACCUAAUAGAGAU